AUGAUAAACCAUUAUAGAGACGUCAGCGGAUCACACAACGUGUUGGACGUUCUCCUGAAGCGAAUGGAGCAAAACGCCAACAAUUUGGAAGGUCUUGUCGAGGAGAAGACACAAGCGCUCCAAGAGGAAAAGAAACGACCUGAGGAGCUCCUCUAUCAAGUAUUGCCAAAGAGCGUUGCAAUUCAAGCUCCGAUAGGGAAUUCCUUAAACCGGAAUCCCUUUGACAGUGUUACGAUAUAUUUCUCGGAUAUCGUCGGCUUUACGUCAAUUUCAGCAAUGAGCACUCCAUUUCAGGUAAGCGUCCUUUACAAUGAUAUGGGUUUCUUGAAUGACCUUUACACAUGUUUUGACAGUAUCAUCGAACAUUAUGAUGUUUACAAGGUGGAAACUAUCGGCGACGCCUAUAUGGUCGUUUCCGGGCUUCCCGAAAGAAACGGCAUUGAUCACGUGCGGCAGAUUGCCCGGAUGUCACUGACAAUACUGAGUAACGUGCGGCAGUUCGUGAUACGACACAUGCCAGAAACCCCGCUUAAGGCUCGGAUAGGACUUCAUUCUGGCCCAGUGUGCGCGGGAGUAGUUGGUCGUAAGAUGCCCCGCUACUGUCUCUUCGGGGAUACGGUCAACACCGCCAGUCGAAUGGAGUCUAACGGAGAAGCAAUGAAGAUACAUAUCAGCGACGAAACUCAGCAGCUGCUAAAGACGUUUAAUACGUUCGUACUCGAAGAACGGGGAACUAUUGAGGUUAAGGGAAAGGGUUCCAUGACGACGUACUGGUUGGUCGACGAGAUUACAUCACACAACGAUUGAUUUGCUCUUCGAAUGUCAUUUUCAUUACGGUGAAGCGAUACGUUCAGAUGCCUUUAGUGAUGACGAAAUUUAAUCAUGCCAUCUGCAAUACUUUGCGACCAUUUCACUAUUUGUUUUGUAUGUUGUUUUGGUUUAUUUAGAAUUUAAAUGUUCGUUGUUUUUUAUAUGCGGUUAUUUAUAUUAUACAAUAGGUAGACAUGCGUCCAUGGAGGUUGACUUUGUUUAAGUUGGUAUCAAUUACUGAGCAAACGUCGUCCAAUUCGAUUUUCACAAAACGAGGACGAACCUGUUCAAUUUGCCUUUUAAUCUUUUAUUGCUUAUUACUUUAACUGAAAACAGUGUUUGUGCUUCCCUCUGUUAUUUUUUCAAUAUCGUUCACAUAGGAAAAAUAGUAAGUGAAAGUAAUAUAAUUCUUACUUAUGAAACCUUGAGAAAGUUGAUGUUUAUAUAUAAUUUUCUCUCAAGGCACACAUUAUUUGUGAACUUGUACAGUAACAUCAGGCAAAAAUCACGAAUCUUGAUUUUAACGAGCUGUUAAAACUAUAACUAUUUAUUUAUGACAAACUAUUUGAUUUGUCUAACGUGACCUUUUAAGUAUAUUAUCAUAUGGGACUAACUUUCAUAAAACAAUCAAAGCUCAUACAUAUUGUCUUUUACAAAAUACAUAUAGUAUGUAAGUUUGGUAUGUCUACCAAACUUCAAAUAACUUAAAUGGGCUGUAUAUUAAGGUCAAUGGUUUAGGUUUUUCACACCGACUACGAGAAUGGUUACACAACUAUAAGAACAUGACAACAGACCGACAUUGUUUUUGUUGUU